AUGACUAAAGCUACAGAGACAUUUGUGGUGUUAUUGGCCCUUUCUGCUAUAUACUUUGCUUUGUAUACGCGCACAUUACCUUCACCUGAAAAGUUCCACUCAGAAAUUCUUCCUUAUAUCCCUUAUUGGUGUUUGGUUACUUUUGGCUCAUACUCGUUGGCAACCUUGGGAUGGGGUGUAUUGACAUUUAAGGACAAAGAGGCAAAGUAUGAGGAGUUGUUGAAACAAAUAGACGAAGCCAAGUCAUUUUACAAAUCUAAGGGCUUGCAGUUGGAUUGA